UCUAAAAGGAAUCAGACCUAAUCUAAACCCUUUUACCUUACAGAGCACUAAAUGAUAACUCUUUGCCGUGAGCGUUGCGUUGAUGUAUAGUACAGUACAGUGUUGCUCAGCUGACUCAGCGUUUUAUACAAUUGGACGGUAGAUUCUUCUGGAGCUACAUCAAGCAUAAAAGGCAGCACGCCAGUAGGGAGAACAACAGAAAUCAAAUAACUGUGACCAUGAACGGAAAGAUCAUCUUCUACGAGGACAAGAACUUCCAGGGCUGCUCCUAUGAGUGCAGCAGCGACUGCUCCGAGCUCUCCUCUCACCUGAACAGGUGCAACUCGUGCAGGGUGGAGAGUGGCAUGUUCAUGGUGUACGACCGGCCCAACUACAUGGGCCACCAGUACUUCCUGAGGAGGGGAGAGUACCCUGAGUACCAGCACAUGAUGGGCUUCAACGACUGCAUCAGGUCUUGUCGUAUGAUCCCCCAGCACAUGGGCCAGUUCAGGAUGAGGAUCUACGAGAAGGAGAACUUCGGAGGCCAGAUGCACGAGGUGAUGGACGACUGUGACUCUAUCCAGGAGCGUUACCAUAUGCCCGAGAUGCAGUCCUGCAACGUGAUGGACGGCCACUGGGUCAUGUACGAGCAGCCCCAAUUCAGAGGCAUGCAGACCUACCUGAGGCCUGGAGAGUACAGGAACACAAGAGAGAUGGGAAUGGGAAAUGAUGAAAUGAGGUUCCAGUCCAUGAGGCGCAUCAGCGGCGAUGCUGCCUUUUAAAUGGGCUGUCUUUAAAGAGUGCAACGACUUUUUAAUAAACAUUUUAAACCUUCA